UUCAGUUGAAGAUCAGGUUCAACGUGUUGGUGCGGUGUGAGUCACUGAGAAAAUAAUCAUCUCAGUAGCCAAUCACAGGGAAGUCUCUCUCUAGCUGGCCAAUCAGAAGACAGGGUUGGGUUUAACCGCUGAAUACUGGAAGCACACGUCACACUUGGCGCACUUUUUUGAAGACAAUAGCACAACAACCAUCUCUGCGACAAACCAUUCUAAAAGCCUAAAUUCUGCGUCACCGGACUGAAUAAAAGAAGCUACGUGCGUGUCUGCGACAGACCAUUCUAAAAGCCGGAAUUCAGUUGAAGAUCAGGUUCUGCGACAAACCAUUCUAAAAGCCAAAAUUCUGCGUCACAAGACUGAAUAAAAGAAGCUACGUGCGUGUCUGCGACAAACCAGUCAGAAUUCCACUUCGGAACACUGUGUCAUCAAGGUAAUGUGACAUACGUGCCUUGCUCUCUACACUGGGAAAAAGAACGUACGUGCGCGCUUCUAGAACAAACCAUUCCAAAAGCCGGAAUUCAGUUGAAGAUCAGGUUUAACGUGUUGGUGCGGUGUGAGUCACUGAGAAAAUAAUCGUCUCACUAUUAGAAACAAUAGUGAGUUUAAUGGAUAACUCAACAUCCAUCGAAACAUACGGAGACAAGGAGCUGCUGAAUCCGGUCCGAUCGGUGUGUAAGAUUAAGAUUACGAUAUUGAAUAGAAAAGAUAUAGAAUAUUGGGGCACCGGCUUUGUGUUUUUUGACAACUUUCUCCUGACCAACGCACAUUUAUUUAACGAUUUAAAGGAAACAGAUACUGUAGAAAUUGUCACCACAUUUAACUAUGAACACGAGCCAAAAACCAAUUACUGGAAAUUAUGUGAGAACGUAUAUUUGAACAAGGAUCUAGAUUUUGCCAUACUCAGGCUCUUUCCAGAGUUAAGCUCUGUGAUACCACCAGGACUCCUGAAAAGAGUUGGUCCACUACCUGAGAAAGGUAAAGCCUGUAUCAUCAGACACCCACAUGGAGACGUAAAAGGUUUUGAGUGUAUACAGAUCAUUGAGAAGGAUGAAAGGAUCAAUGCAAUCAAAUUGCACUUAAGUCAGUACAAUGGCACCAUUAAGUCAGAGCAAGAGCUAAUAAGCCAAGGCAUUAAAAAAAUACUGCCAGGUGGAGCUCUAGCAAAGGAAUGCGUGACCUACAACACAGUAGUCAUGAAGCAUGGCUCCUCUGGCUCCCCAGUGUUUGAUGAAUAUGGUAAUCUUAUCGGUUUACACACGGGGGGAUACAAACACAAAUGCCAAGAUGGCUCUGAACAAACAGCCAUCGCGUAUGCCAUUUCUCUGCUUUACAUAAUAAAAAGUAUUGUGAGCGUUCUGAGGGAGAAGAACGAUGAGAUGCUGUUGGCGAACAUCACUGAGGAAGCAAAAGGAAACCAAUACCUAAACAACAUCCUGUAUGAGGAGCUAUACCUGAGCUGAUGGACAACAUGGAACAUGCACCGAUGAUCAAAUGCUCAAAUGAAUUUUGUUACCCUGUAAAUACAAUAAAGUUGAAUCUGUUUUGAAUUUCUCUUUUGUUCAUUGUGUUUCAUUUUAUGAUGUAAUCACAAUGAUAAGAUAAUUGUCUUGACGUACAACUUAACAUUUUUCUUUUCAGUACGUUCCAUACGUUAAGCAUACGUAUUAAUUAUGUAGCCUAAUACAUAAUAUUCAGCUUAAG